AUGAACCGAAUUCGAGCUUUUUCAUCUCCUGCAGUGUUGCCAUUGCCAGCUUCUUCCACAACUCCGAAAGAGCGCCCAGAAGAUCAUAGUUUUGAUGGCAUUGCCACCAAUGUUAAGUUAUUAUUGAAGCUAAUCCAUGAUCACAACGAGGCCUGCACAAAAGAGAAUGAUGACAGGAAGACGCAAAGGGUGGCUGGAAUGAUUACCAUAAUCGACGAUGUUAAAACCAGGAUUCAAAAAUCUCAAUCUAUUGGCAGGAGGGCAGAGCUGAGGCGUUGCAACACAGAUCUUAGGCCAAAUGUUCCAAGGGACAAAAGGCCUACGGAGCCAAUAAUCGAUGAGAAAGAGAGGUUGAGAAGGCAGCUUAGCGCGAGCUUGGCAGCACGAAAGAGCCUAGAAAUUAUGUGUUCCAGUUUGGGAAAGGAGAAGGAGAUUAUUGCAUCUGAGCUUGCAAGAAAGGUUCAAGAAUUUAGUGGAAUGGAGGAACACAUCAAUGAUCUUAGAGCGCAAAAUGAGAAGUUGUUGGCAAAAGUACAAGCUUGUGCAGCAGAGCACAAAGAGAAGAGGUGUGGUGGGGUAGAGAUUCAAGGGAAUGUGGCGCUCCAGGAGCGAAACAAGGAGCUUUCGGAGCAACUCCUUAAGUCCCUUGACGGGUGCAGAUCCUUAAAGAGAAAGAUUAAAGAUGCACAGAAGGAAAACAAUGGGAUGCACUCGGCAAUGGAGGAUAUGGGGGUCGAAGUUCAAGAAGGCCUUGAUCGAAUACGAGCCCUCAAGGAAAAGAUUACCACAAGUGAUAAUGAGCAAGCAACAGAUGUUGAAGAGGAGAUAUCAGCAUUGGAGCGUCUGUUUGAGUGCUUCAGCACGAGGAUCUCCAAGCACGACCCGAAGAAAGGCGAAUUUGCAAAACACAACACUGAAAUUGAUGCUACAUAA